GGUUCAGGGAUUGAUUGGAUUGCAAAGGCGUACGAUUGGCCAGCUCGACGGGGUGGCUUCCCCGCUGAAAUUCUUGUGUGGAGGGGUCCAGGCCGCUGCAACUUUUCCCACUCGACCUACGUCUUCUUGCGUGUUCGCGGGGACGCCAUUUCUGGCACCCAGUUCGAAAGUGUGCAACCCGACACUCACCAACAACACAGCCAGGAUGGUUCUGACAAACUGGCUGUCCGAGCUAGGGCAGCAAGGUAUCGUAACAGAUGCAGUCGAGCUGUGGCACGCGCAUCGCACGCUGCUGAUUUUCUGCGCGCUCUUCGUCCUCCUCUCGAUUCGAGUCUACAUCCACAUCUACGACGACGAGAAGGAUGCGGUUGCUGCCGUUCCACGAGCGUACGACAAUGAAAAGGCGCCGCCGCCCGAGACCGUCGCUCCGGCCAAGGCCGUCCAAGUGGCAGAGAAGCCCGCUACGAAACCCACCACCGGACCCAGGAGAAUAAAGGGCGGCGUUGCCAAGAAGCCGUCGCGGGAGAGGCAGGAUGCGGUAGAUGUCACGCGCCCGGUCAAGAUCAUGGCCUUUUUUUCGUCCGUCACUACCAAGACGGAGAAGAUUGCCCGGGACUAUCUUGCAUCGCUCGAGGCGGCAGCGGAGAAGCUCGCGCGGGAGACAGGUCGCGCCUUUCUCAAGCCGGAGCUGCAUGACCUGGCCGACGUCGACUUUGAAGACUUCUUCGUCUCGCCGCCCAAGUCUGCAGACGGCGCGUCCUACUUCUACGUCUUCCUGAUUCCGAGCUACAACAUUGACACGAUCAACGACACGCUGCUCCAGCACCUGGAGGAGACCCACCACGACUUCAGGAUCGACACCGCGCCGCUGUCGCUCCUGAUGGGGUACUCGGUGUUUGGCUUCGGGGACAAGGAAGGGUGGCCGGACGAGGCGGAGGGCUUCUGCUUCCAGGCCAAGGAGCUGGACAGGUGGAUGUCCAAGCUGACGGGCAGGAAGCGCGCGUAUCCCGUCGGUAUGGGCGACAUGAAGAGCGAUCACGCGGAGCGCUUCGCGGAGUGGUCAACCGGCCUGGAGGAGGUCUUGGAACACGUCGCGCGAACGGGAAGUUUGGGCGAGGGCGUCCGUGGCAGCGGCGACCCCAUCGAGAGCGACCAAGAGGACGUUGCCGGCGAAGAUGAUGGCGAGGUCGUCUUUGAUGACGAGGUUGAGAACGCUGACCAGGCAUCCCCCCGCGCAUUGGACGAUGUCGAGGAUUUGGGCAAGAUGAUACGCACAAACGGCUCCUCCUCCACCGGCAGCUCCUCCAAGAAGGCACCGCUCGCGGUAGACUUUACUUCUUACGGUGCUUCCACAAAGAAGAAGACGACACCUCAGGCCGCCGUGGUCAAGGAAAUGGUCGCCAAGAACUCGCCCACGUACGCGGCCCUGACGAAGCAGGGAUACGCCAUCGUCGGCUCACACUCGGGCGUCAAGAUCUGCCGGUGGACCAAAUCCGCCUUGCGGGGGCGCGGGAGCUGCUACAAGUACUCCCUCUACGGCAUCAACUCGCACCAGUGCAUGGAGACGACGCCGUCCCUCUCGUGCUCCAACAAGUGCGUCUUCUGCUGGAGGCACGGCACCAACCCCGUGGGCACGACCUGGCGGUGGGUGGUCGACCCGCCCGAGAUGAUCUUCGAGGGCGUCAAGGAGAACCACUACAAGAAGAUCAAGAUGAUGCGCGGCGUGCCCGGCGUCAGGGCCGAGCGGUACGCCGAGGCUCUGCGGAUACGGCACUGCGCCCUGUCGCUGGUCGGCGAGCCCAUCUUCUACCCGCACAUCAACGAGUUCCUCGCCAUGCUGCACGCCGAGCGCAUCUCGUCGUUCCUCGUCUGCAACGCCCAGCACCCGGACCAGCUCGCGGCGCUCAAGGCCGUCACGCAGCUGUACGUGUCCAUUGACGCGUCCAACAAGGACUCGCUCCGCAAGAUCGACCGGCCCCUCCACCGCGACUUUUGGGAGCGCUUCCAGCGCUGCCUCGACAUCCUCCGCGAGAAGCGCUUCCGCCACCGCACCGUCUUCCGCCUGACGCUCGUCAAGGGCUUCAACGUCGAGGACGAGGCCGAGGGGUACGCCCAGCUCGUCGAGCGCGGCCUGCCGUGCUUCGUCGAGGUCAAGGGCGUCACCUACUGCGGCACCGCCACGUCCUCCAACGCGGGGCUCAGCAUGUCCAACGUGCCCUUUUACUGGGAGGUGUGCGACUUCGUCCGCGCGCUCGAGAAGAGGCUCAAGGCCCGGGGCCUCGCCUACGGCAUCGCCGCCGAGCACGCCCACAGCUGCUGCAUCCUGCUGGCCAGCGAGCGCUUCAGGGUCGACGGCCGCUGGCACACGCACAUCGACUACGCGCGCUUCUUCGAGCUGCUCGAGGAGCGCGGCCCCGACGGCGACUGGACCCCCGAGGACUACAUGGGCGAGCCGACGCCCGAGUGGGCGCUCUGGGGCAACGGCGGCUUCGAUCCGCGCGACGAUCGGGUGGACCGCAAGGGGCGCAAGAUUGAGAACGUCGUCGUCCGGGAGCAGCCCCCGGAGCAGGUCUGGUAGCUACCAUAGUUACGACAUUGUACACGUUUCCAUGUGAAUGACAAGGCAGGGAUUGUAAUGAAUCAUGGAUGGUGAAUUUUGUUUUUGCGGAAACGCUGCCAUUAUUGCCUUUCCCAAGCCCACCCUGUGUGGUAUCAUUUCCC